CCAGCCCUGGCCAAACCAUGAAUCAGGUGGAAGUCUCCGUGUCCGCGGACCGCUUAUGUGGCUUGAAUUGGAAACGGACAGGCUCGUCAAGCCACAUCUGCCCUGGCCCGCGCCAUUAUUGGACCGACCUUCCUUUAGCUGUGUCACUCCAGAAUGAUGACGAAAGCGUUGGUUCUGACUUUGCCGAGCGCCUUGGGACGAAUCACAGUAGGUAGGAUUUGGUCCUGGGGUGUCCUUCCAUGAAUCUUCGCCGUUUGGUUGAAUCCAACAGUCUGUUUCGCCUUUUCUCCAGAUCCACUUUAACUCUGUCCUGCGCGACGCGACUCGGAUCGCAACAAGGUAGCAGACUACUCAACAUCUCAUUUAGCCAUAUCCUCAGCCCCGAUGGGGGCCACCAUAUCCGUCAUAAAGUCACUGAUCGUCCCGGCGGUCAUUGCGCUGCUCCUUUUCCUCCUGAUAUCAUACGUCGUCGUUCCAAUAUGGCAGCGCUACCAGAACCGAUAUAGCCAAUACAUCCCGCUCGACUCCAUCACAGACCGCACCUCUUCCAUCCGCCAUCGAUUGCAAGGCAGCAUUGCCCGCUAUCUCAACCCAUCAUCAUGGCGAAGUGAACACGAUGCGAUCGUGAUGGGUGGUGCUUCGAGGGAGGAUAUCUCAGAGGAGGACUACGACUCCGAGCUUGGUGAGGAACUUGGGGAUGUUAUUGAUAAUGGACGGACAAGGUCCGAACUGUCCAGUCAAAACCAGAGGCCAGACUUGACACGGAGGUUGAGCCGAGAGGCCUUCCAUGACAGAAAAGCCAAGCCUGUUGGCGCCAGGCUCUGUGCCGCUCGCAAGAUGCGGUUCAAGACUGAGCUGAAGAAUAUACGCACCUUUUCCAAGUUGACAGCUGCUCUCAGCUCCCUGGAGAAAAUUGCUUGGGUGAGGCUUGACGAUGAUACGGCCCGCUUCACUGUGAUUCCGGCCCAAGGGUCGCAAGUAUGGGCCACACUGUCUAUGGAUCUCAUCUUCGAGAACUACCACAUUCAGUCAGCCGAGGCGAAUAACACCAUCAAUCUCGAGCUGCCCCUUGGCCCGCUGCAGCGUGCACUCAAAUCUGCCAUAAAUAGCACCGAUGCCGAUUUACGCCUUACCAAGAAGAACGGAAUUCCACUCCUGUCCAUGACCAUCCGGACGACCACAAAUCCACCAAACCAGGGAGGGACGGGUGGCGGCUUUGGAGGAUAUGGCAGGUCCAGGGCCGGAGGCGGAUUUGAUGAUCCGUUUGCCGAUGACGCCUCCUUCAUGCAAGAAUCUCUUGAACUCACUAUGAAGCGAGAGCGCGAAAAGGUCAUCACCCAGGACAUACCCGUGCGCGUGCUGCAUCCAGAAACAGUAGAGACAAUCAUGCAGCCCAAGGUGCGCGAGCCCGACGUCCACAUCCAGCUGCCGCCUCUGAUGCAGCUCAAGGCCAUCAGCGACCGCUUCACCAAGCUGGCAAUGACGGCUUCAUCGAGCAGUGGUGCAGGAGGUGGGUUGCAUGCGACAUCCGGGGCUGCGGGAGGAUCACACAUUGGCUCCACGGCCACGACGUCGUCAGUCAACGGCCCCAAGUUGGAGUUGAGCGCAAACAUGCACGGGUCUCUGCGCCUGCGCAUCGCGACUGAUUCUCUCGACGUCGAGUCCGUCUGGAGCGGGCUGGAAAACCCAGAACUCGAUCCGGCUCAACUAUCAGUUCCGAUUGAGGACCACCCGAGCACGCGCUUUAGGGAGGCUGGCCCAAACAAGUGGGCUAGCGUCCGGGUUGACGGCAAAGAUUUGAGCAAAGUUCUCAGCGUCGGGCGCCUUGACGGUCGCGUGAUUGCAUGCUUUGCUGAUGAUCAUGCCCUUAUCCUCUACGUUUACGUCCCGCAAUAUGACGAUUCAGGCGCAGACGAUUCCGUUCUUACAUACUACGUGUCAAGUUAUUCUUCCUGA